AAAAUAACGUGUAAUGGAGAACUGGCGUUUUACGACCAACGCCGUGAUAAACUAGUUGUGUCAAGAAGCCCGGCAAAUAUUUCGUUGUGGUCUACUAGCGAUUCAGGAAUCCAGGUCUUAGCUGUAAGUUGCCAUAACAACAAAACUAAGCCGUGGAUUAAGGGAAGUGUAAGCAAUGGAAUGGUUACUGAUGAUCGUUGGAAAUGUUUCAGUCAAGAGAAAGAAGGUUUGGACAACAUGAGCUGGGUAACAUCUCUCUUCGACGAUACUCAUUGGGCCCAGGCCGUUGCAAAUUACUCGAAUACACACAGUCCGUGGGGAAAGGUCCCAGAUAUAAGCAACAAUGCAUUCUGGAUAUCUACCGCUGAUAAAGACGACUCAAAGCUGAUCUGCAGGCGAAGGCUGUCUGAAGUGUCUCUAAUACGGAAAAGAUCAAAUAGUAAGAUUUUUAUCAUCUCGAGGCUUAAUCAUCAUCAUCAUCAUCAUUAUCAUCAUCAUCACCAUCAUCAUUAUCAUCAUCAUUUAGUAAUAACAGACUGCAAAAACCAUGUACGGCUAUACUCUCAUGACGUUGGAUCAGCACGUGCUCUGAUCUAAAGCAAGUAUGGUGGAUCCUUUUCUUUUUAACAGGGUGAGGUUGUCAGCCCCACGCCCCAAUAAUGUCAUAAUCAGCUCCUGUCCUAAGGAAAACCAGAAUGGCCAUCAUAGGCAAAAUGUCUUGAUUUAAGAGAAAGUUAUUCUGAUUGGUAUCAUGCAGUGGCACGUUAUUAACAAGCACAAUUUUUAUUAUCUCUGUAGGAAUUUUUCAGGCAACACUUGAUGAUGUAGAUCACAGUCUCUUAAGUCACCUGAGGUCUCGACACAAGGUUCGUGACGUCAUAGACUGUUUUAAGAAGUGCCGUGAUGACCAGCAGUGCCUCUCGUUCAACUUUCAGUAUACUACAGUGGUACCAUCUAAAAAUUGUGAACUGAAUGGAGUUACCAGAGGCCAAGAUCCUAAGAAUCACGUCAGGAGGCCUGGCUACACAUAUUAUGAAAAUGUAGAAUGA